GCAAUGUCCCGAGGUAGGAGCUCCGCUCGCCCAGGAACAGGUCUCAGUCGCAACCCACGCGGAAUAAGCUCCUUGGCUAGUUCAUUGAGCGUGGAACUACGUAAUGCGGCUUCCGAACGCCUCGGUUCUCUAUAGCUGCACCAGACGAUGUUGCGGGUCUUUUCCGAUGCUGGCAUCUACCCUCUCAAUUGUCAUAAGAACAACAGAGCAACGGAUGUUGUUCGCAUGCCGUCGAAAGCCUCAAACAACGCUGCUGUUUGAUUGAUUCGCGAGAUCUCCCUCUUCGAGUAGAAACGCCCGCGAAUUCAGCAUGUCUGCGAAGACUACCUCUGGCCCGGGAGGCAAGAAGCCAGCUUCCGCAGCAACGAACCUCAUAGCUGGCGGAGGAGCGGGCGCAAUGGAGGCGCUCCUAUGCCAUCCUCUCGAUACUAUUAAAGUGCGUAUGCAGCUGUCACGGCGGGCAAGGCAACCUGGAGCGAAACGACGCGGUUUCAUCCAGACUGGUCUUGAGAUAUCGAGGAAGGAAACACCGUUAGCAUUGUACAAAGGGUUGGGUGCAGUGCUGUCAGGCAUUGUUCCCAAGAUGGCAAUCCGGUUCACCAGCUACGAGUGGUAUAAGCAAGCUCUGAGUAAGGACGGUAGGGUGACGGGCAGUGCGAACUUCUUGGCAGGUCUGGCAGCCGGUGUAACCGAGGCUGUAGCGGUUGUCACGCCUAUGGAAGUGGUUAAGAUUAGGUUACAAGCCCAACAUCACAGUAUGGCAGAUCCGCUGGACGUACCAAAGUACCGCAACGCCGCCCAUGCCAUGUACACCGUAAUCCGCGAGGAAGGCGUAGGAGCGUUAUGGCGAGGUGUAUCGCUUACGGCGCUGCGGCAAGGCACCAACCAGGCCGCUAACUUCACCGCCUACACCGAGCUUAAGGAUGCACUGCAAAAACGAUCCCCGGACCCCAGUGCUGCUUUACCUGGUUGGCAGACGGCAAUGAUAGGGCUGAUAUCUGGAGCCGUCGGACCGUUUUCGAAUGCUCCUAUCGACACAAUCAAAACGCGAUUGCAGAGGGCGCCGGCGGAGCUUGGCCAGAGCUCCAUGCAAAGGAUUGUUUCGAUAGCGAACACAAUGUGGAAGCAGGAAGGAAUACGGGCGUUCUGGAUGGGCAUCACUCCUAGAGUGAUGCGGGUUGCUCCUGGCCAGGCGGUAACCUUCGCGGUAUACGAAUAUUUGAAAGGGUUGUUGGAGAAGGGUCGGGAAAUGCUACCGGGUGGACAGUACGAGGAGUAAAGACGCGUUCUUGUUUCCCGGUGAGCUGAACAGCGAGUUCUCUGUCGAAAUCCAAAGUUCAGAGAUACCAGCCAAAGAACAGAACCAAGCCAGCCACUGCUGGACUCCAUAUGGAGUAUUCAGAAGGUCGAGUGCUGCUCGAUGCGACUUUAGAGGAAAAUGAUCGCGCCCACUAGGCUCGCCGAGAUAGGCAGGUCGGCAUUGGGCUUCUUCUGCCCCUCAU